AUGACAGGGCUUGGGUCUUCCUGUGGAGCAUGCAAGUUCUUGAGGAGAAGGUGCACAAGUGAAUGCGUAUUUGCUCCUUACUUCUCCUACGACGAGGCCACCACCCACUUCGCGGCAGUGCACCGGGUAUUCGGUGCAAGCAACGUGUCGAAGCUAUUGUCACACCUUCCUAUCAUUGAUCGAGGUGAGGCUGCGACUUCAAUAUCAUACGAGGCAUUGGCUCGGAUGCAGGAUCCUGUAUACGGUUGUGUCGCUCACAUCAUUGGUCUCCAACAACAGGUAGCUACCUUACAGGAGGAGAUAGUAAUACUUGAGAAUCAAAUGGCUAGCCUCGGAGUUGAUGGCUCUAGUCAUGGAUCAUCUCAGUUAGCAACUAAUAACUUUAACUAUGAGCUUCAGAUUUGUUCUCAGCAAAGUGAUAUGAAUGCAGCAGAGGGUUGUCUAAGUCGACAAGAAGCUACACUAUUUUCACAUGCAGGAGAUAAUAUAUCAGGAGACCAAGAUCUCUAUACCCAGAUGAACAUACAGCUUCCUAAUGUAGUUGGAUUGCAGGACCAAACCUCUACUCCAUACUCGAGUUCGAGCCUUUUAGAAAGACUCUAUGGAGGAAUGAACCCUGGGAUUUCCGAGAGCUAUCUUGGGAUACACAAUGGAAGCAACGUUUACUGA